AUGGAUAGGCCGGGCCUGCACUCGGGACCCUCGCUGGAGAGGAUUCCUCUGCCGGUCGUCCUCGUAGACACCACCAAGGAGGGCUUCUUGUUCAUCAGGAAGCACAAUGGCGAGUGGAAGAAGUACUGGUUUGUCCUGGGCCGAACUGCUCUGUGCUACUACCGCCGAGAGAAGGAAUUGCGCCCGGUGGGACAAAUCGCGAUGGACAACGUGACGCUCGAGUGCAGGGUGAAUGAGUGGGCGACCAAGUCGGCGGCCUACUGUUUCCAGAUAACUCACCCCGAGCGGCCCACCACCUUCCUCGCCUCGGCCACUCUCACCGAGCGGGCGCGGCUCAUGCAAAAGCCCGAGGCCCCGCCGGCCCCGCCCAAGCUCGAUCUCGAGCGGGCGGGCUUCAAGGACGACGACAGCACCGAGACCGACACGGAGGACGAGCGCGAGGAGGACGACGACCCGGCCACGCUCGCCUCGGCCCUGUCGGCCGCCAUUCUGGCCUCGCCCCCCACAUCCCCGCGCAUCGAGAUGGCACCACCGCUGCUGGGCAGUGUCGACAGCAACACCAGCGUGACGUCAUCAUCAUCGUCAUUGUCGACAGCUUCGUCAUUGUCGUCGGCUGCGUCGGCGGGCGCCCCGGGGGUUGGGGCUGCGCAGCUGGCGUCGGCCUUCUCGCUGGCCACGCAGGCGGCCUCCAGCGCCGGACCCGCGCCGGCCCUUUUCUCGUCCGCCCAAGCCGCCAAGCUGCACCGACCCCGCACUUUCUCCUUCACCGGUGAGAAGCUGAUCGUGGCGUACCGGUACAUGAAGCAGGGGCUGACGGGCCAGACCUCGCCGCCCUCAGUUAUUUACAUCCCGAGCAACAACAUCUACCGCCGCUUCACCUUCAACGUCGCCAUCCAGAAGCUCCUCAAGUCCUACCCGUCCCUCAACACGCUCAACAUCACUGAUUGCAAGUUCGGUGGAGACUUCGAGCUGGAGUACAUUGAAAUCUGCCAAAAGAACCCGUCGCUCACCAACCUCGAGUUCCGCAAUACUUCCGGGAAGCGCAACGUGCACGACAGCCUGUUCUCCGUGGUCUCCAAACUGCCCAUUCACAUUCGCUCGCUCACUUUGGACAACAUUCUUUCCAAGGUGCUGCAGACACGUCAGCAGAUCACCAGCAUCGACCUCUCCAACAACCCCUUCUACACGCCGCAGAUGACGGUCCUGAUCAAGUGCCUGUCGUCGACGUACCUCGAGCACAUCAACCUCACCGGCUGCUCGGUGAGCGACGAGCAGGCCUGCCUCCUCUUCGCCGCACGCACGAAGCGGAAGGGCAUCAUCGUGCUCGAGGAGGCCUCCAUCCGCCUCGGCUCCGUGCACGGCAUGAUGGCCAAGUACGCCUUUGAGGUCGUCACCCCCAACCGCAUCUGGAUCCUCUGCUGCGACUCUGCCGAGGACAUGGACGCGUGGGUGGACGCGAUCCAGAAGGUGAAGGAGGUGCAGGCCAACAAGGUGCUGAAGAGUCAGCUGGAGGAGAUCAAGAACGGCGUCGCGGCCUUCGCCGGCGUCUACGACACUUACAACAUCAAGUACCCCGAUCCCCAUAGGAAAUGGAUUUUGCAGUGGUGGUUCCCGCAGUGCCUCGAGGUGCUGGCGUUCUCGAUCCUGGGCGAGAAGCAGGAGGCCGCCGCGGCGGUCGAGGGCACCGGCAACGGCACCAACAGCGGCCGCGAGAAAUUGUCGGCCUCGACCUCGAGCCUCGAGUCGAGCCUCUCGCGCGAGGGCAAGACUUCGUUAUCGUCGUCAUCAUCGCGGCUGUCGUCUGGUCGUCGGGAGCGGAACUUCAUUGACAAGCUCAUCAACCAAUUCGUCGUCAAUUCCGGCAUCGCCUUCUACCUUCUCACGGGAGAUUACCUGUUCGAUGACGAGAUGGUGCGCAGCGUCGACGGGGUGUUCCAACCCAGCCUGACGCUGGCCAACCACUACAAGCACAUCCAGUUUCAACAUGAGAACAUGCAGCGCCUGCAGCAUCUGAAGUCGGCCGUGCACGAAUCGCUGCGGUCCAGUGUGGCCAAGGGGCCGUUCGACCAGCAGAGCGUCAACGCCCUCAUGCAGUCCUACUCGGCCUUCAAGAGCGCCCAAAGCCCGGAGACGCCCCACAAG